UUUUGCUUGACUCGCUUUGGUUGGGCGUAUGCACCGGGGGAAAUCUGGUUGUCGAGUAUCAACUCUUUGACUGGCCCGCUGUCGGGCGAUCCUGCGGCGCGCGCUUUCAUUCUUUCGACUCGCAUUUCGCUCUUCAUUUCUGAUUGAUUGUUCCAUCGCGGCCAGUCCCAGCUGGUCAAGAUGGCAGCCUAUAUCCCUCCAAACCCGUCCCCACCUCGCUCUCCGUCUUUGGAUUGGCACAGCACGACUGACGGUGGUGGUUACGUCUCGGGCUACCAUCAUGAUGCGCUUGACAAUACAUGGUCGCAAAGCCAGUCCCAGCAGCACACCUCCUUCGUCUCUAGUCCCUCCUUUCCAUCUUCGCUAUGCCACGCUGCUCUCGACUCCGCACCGGCGUACAGCAUCCAGCAAGCCGCUACAAGCCACGUCAAUCCCGAGGAGCUACAAAGACUUUCCCGCUCAGCCCACGAGGCCCCCUGGAGCGAUUCUGCUCUGCGCCGCACACGGUUGCGGCAGCACCCACCACAUUGGCCUCCUUACAGAAGUACUCGGAAGGCUCACACUGUAGCUGGCGGAGCCAUGAACCCUCUCUCCCAGCGUCCGGCCUCGGUCCACUAUCAGGCCUCGCUCAUAGACUCUGGCUAUGAAUCUCGAUCUCAUGAUACCACUACCCUUGCCAGUUUUUCAACUCAGUUGGAGGCUGGCGAAGCACCAGGAGCUGCCCUUAAUAGAUCAGCUUCGCCAUCGAGAAGAAAGCAGUCCGAAGCUCACUUGAGUGGCGACGACCCUUCGUCAAAGCGAAAACGCGCGAAGUCGUUAAUCAGUCCCUGCUCGACUUGUGGACUGGUAUCGAAGAAUCAGAGUGAUGCAAAGAAGCACCGCGACCAUCACACCCGGCCCUACAUCUGUCAAGAACCGGCAUGUCCGCGCAAAGAAGGAUUCGGCACCAUGAAUGACCUCCAAAGACAUAAAAGAUGUGUUCACGGUGCUCUGCCAGACGCUGGGGAUAGGCUUGGACACAGGUGUCGAGCUUGUCCGAAGCCUCCAUUCGGCGAGCCUCCGAAAUGGUGGCCUCGGUUGGACAAUUUCAAGGCUCAUAUUACUCGAAAGCACCAGGGUUGGAACGUGAAUGAGCUCGUUGCCAACUCGGAAGUGGCAAGAUCGAUGAUCACCGUCUCGGACCCGGGUUACGUCUCGAAUCAUCCUCCUUCACAGGCUGCUGGCGAAGAGGAAAUUCAGUUUGAUCCCUUUCACCCGCUGGAUACGACCAUGUCGAGCCACGAGCUGUUCCAAGACGCGAUAUUAUAUAUGGAGGAUUACACAGACUUUGCGUCACUAGCUGGGGUCGGUGAGGGAACGCUCGGUGACGAUUAUCAGGACGACCGUGACCUGCUUUCUGCCAUUCCCGGCCCACCUUACGAAGGUACUGCAGGUGCAAUGGAUCUCCUGGGUGGCGGCAGCUUUCAACAAACCGACUCCGAGCAGCCAAUGAUGGAUGAUUGUGGAGUACAUGACCAGAUCGGCCAUCAGCCCAACGUCCAUGACCUACCGUCUUCCUACGACAGUGGCCAAUGGAUGGACUACGCAAUGCCAAUGAUCGAGGGCAAGUACUCAACACAAGCACCCUCCGUCGAUCCGUCUGAUGCUCUUUCGGCUUGCCGAGAUGAGAGCGGGAGAUAUGUGUGCCGCGACUGCGGCAAGGAGUGGAAGCGGGAGUGUGACCUUCGCAAGCACCUGAAACGCCAUCAAAAGCCGUAUGGCUGCACGUUCCCAGGCUGCGACCGAGAAUUCGGAAGCCGCUACGACUGGAGACGACACGAAAGAUCCAAGCACUCUCUCAACGAGAUGUGGCGAUGCGAGCUCACGGGCGACGACGGGAACACGUGUGGCGAGGUGUAUCAAGACGAGGAGCUUUUCAUUAACCACCUCCACACAGAGCACGAGAUGGAGCCCGGCGAUCCGGUAACUACCCGAUGUCUCCAAGAGAUGGCAUUUGGUGGAGAAAGCCAUUGCCGAAUCUGGUGUGGGUUCUGCAAUGCUGUGGUUAUGUCAGAUGAGACUCGGCCGGCAGGUGGUGCGCGCGGAUGGGAGCUGCAUUGCAGUCACGUUGGUGACCAUUUCGACAAAGACAAAAGGCGCGUUGACGAAUGGAUCUGCAUCGAGGUGGCUUUGAAAGAGAGUCGCAGACAAGGGAGCGAUCUAUCGACAUGGACAGAGAGGAAUGAUGAGAGUGGUUUGGUAAGGGGACUGUCCUCUGCGAUCAAGCGGAAGAUGGAGGACGUUGAUCUCGAUGCCGAGGGCUUCACUGAAUCCGAGUAGGGAAUCAAGGUUGUACAUUUCACGAGUGACGCAU